AUGGUAAUCCAAUGGGACACUUUGAGCAGCCCAGUGGAGGAUAUGUCUGCCCAGGUUGCCAUGCAGCUGUGCUACAACCAGGGCCCUGUGAGUUCCUUGACCAUGCUGGAGUACGGCGUUAUCCAUCAAUGCCAGAAAGGAGAAGAAGACACCAAGAAGGCAGCAGCAGAGGUGGCCAGGAGGAUCGCCUCAACGCCCAACUUGGCUUGCAACCAGACGACCAACAUGUUGAGCCCCGCCGUCGAGAAGUACGCCUCCAUCGUGGCCCGGGGAGGUGUACGGGCGUAA